UGCCUCGCUCUCGCGUUAUCCGUGCAUCUCCCGGCAUGCCUCGGGGAGGGCAACUUACCUGUUGGCGCGGUUCAUUCCGGGAGUUGUAGUUCUUCACUUCUGAGGGUAGAAGAAGAAACAUAAGCCCGGCACCAAACCAAGCAGCGGCGGCUUCCUUCUCCCUCGAGGGGUGCCGUGACUCCCGCUGGGGCCGUCAUCGCCGCCGGGCUGAGGAGAUCGAGACUGAGGAGACGGGCCCGAGGGAGGAGGCAGAAUGGCGCGGCAGGGCAGCCGGGGGGGCGCCGAGAGCAAGAAAAUGAGCUCGGAGCUCUUCACUCUGACCUAUGGAGCUCUGGUCACUCAGCUGUGUAAAGACUACGAGAAUGAUGAAGAUGUCAACAAGCAACUAGACAAAAUGGGCUACAACAUAGGCGUUCGACUCGUUGAGGACUUCCUGGCCCGGUCCAAUGUAGGGCGAUGUCAUGACUUCCGAGAAACUGCCGAUGUAAUUGCAAAGGUGGCAUUUAAAAUGUACUUGGGUAUCACACCGAGCAUCACAAACUGGAGUCCAGCAGGAGAUGAAUUCUCCCUCAUCCUGGAAAACAACCCUCUGGUAGAUUUUGUGGAGCUGCCUGACAACCAUUCAUCUCUUAUUUACUCUAACCUCUUGUGUGGGGUGCUUCGGGGAGCCCUGGAAAUGGUUCAGAUGGCUGUGGAUGUCAAAUUUGUCCAGGACACACUGAAAGGGGACGGAGCCACAGAAAUAAGGAUGAAAUUUAUCAGAAGGAUUGAGGACAAUCUCCCCGUUGGAGAGGAGUGAGUCCCAGAGCAGUCCAGAUACUGAACUAGAGGGGAUGAGUCAACUCCACCCAGGAUUCGUCCACAUAUCGUGACUUCUAUACAUUCAGAUGCUCUGACUGGUUAAGAUGGUGGCCUGCUUUAUUUCCUUAGGAAGCAACUGUUUGAAUUCUCCUGUGUUAUUUCCACAAAUUUGUAUUAAAGGCCUUUGUAGGGUGUAGGACACUUUUCAUAUUCAUCAGAGACACAAACACCCGUUUCUAGUUUCCAUGUUUGGCUCCAGGCAAAUAUAUAGAGUAUUGAAACUGUGUAAUUUUGAAACUUGGUACCAGAAUGAGAUCUCAGCCACAGCUGCCAUUCUUGUCUUGGGCAUAUGAAGAGCAUCAACCCUGCCCCCUCCCUUCCUGUUCACAGGGACAGGGACCAAAAUUCAUAUUCAUCUGUCAGAAACAGGUAGUGUUCUGGAUUGCACAGAUUCUUAAUGGAACCAGGUCCGUCUGGCUUUUUCAGUUUUGUUGUCGAAAUGUUAUAUAACUGAGUAAAAAUAAGAACAUCUGUUAAUUCCAUUGCAAAACAAGAGCCCCGCCUACUUAGAUAGUCUUGGUGGUGGCCUUGGUUUGAAUAAUCUCCUUGAGUAGGCAUGUCCCAAUGUCAGGCUAUAGUGCUUGUUGAAAAAGAGGGAGAAUUACUGUCACAGUUCAUUCCAGUCCAUUGGGUAGCUUGAAGGAGACUUGACAGUAGUCCCUUGUUUGAGCCAAGCUGAAUAGAAUCCCAGUCGUCUGGAUGCUUUCAGCAUCCCUUUGCCAUCCUCUUUAUAUGGCUGGGCAAGAACUCAACACACUGUGAGUAAGCCGUGUUCAAGGUUUCACUAUUGAAAUAGUGUCAGAAAAAGCUUCCAAGCCAUCGUCAUUUGAACGUUCCUUCCUAGCAGUGACCUAUUGAUGCAAGUUUUCUUUCUGUUAAGAGGAUACAGUCAGUAGUGGAAGAUCUCACUUUGGGUGUGCUCCACCUUCCCUUCAGGAGGCAAGUGUACUCAGAAUUCUGUAAAAGAAAGAAAAAAAAGAGGUUAUAACAGACUGUCUUGCAAGGCUAGAUCAGUGUGCUAAGGUUUAUAUCCUGGAUCACUGAAAGGAUAUAACAGAAUGCUCUAGGGUUUUAAAAAUAAGGACCCAUGAAUGGCAGAAUCACUCAGGAAUUAAGUAUGCAGCCCAAGUUUCAUGCCACUGGUUGUGCUGAGGAGAGUUCCCAUCUGCAUGCAUCACAAGGCUCUAAAGUUCCCAUCAGACAAUAUAGUUAGUACUGCAGAAGACUUGUUUAGCUUGAGUAUCCUACAGAAAACUCCAGAGUUAAAACCAGAAAUUUCCAUCUUCUUUGAAGAGGCAUGGUAUGCUCAUUUGUAAUACCUGUCCAGUUGCAACAAGAGAAUGUGUCUGAUGCUUUCUGACAGUGCUCUGCAGAGUGAAGAAUGGUGCUUCAGCUGCUGCUUCUCCUGAAUAGUGGAGCCUUUUUUCAAUGGUGUAUUAAUGACAUUCUUCUAGUCCUUUUCUAUGGUUCUUUCCAACAGGACAUAGGAAUCUGAGGGAUUAAAGGAAAUGCCCUGGCUCAACUUCCACCAGAUACUCGUAUGUAGGAUAUGUUGCAGGGAAGGUAGAAAAACUACUGGUUCCCUGCAUUGUGGUUCCCUGCCCACCUUAUGUUAAAAUCACAACUUUUCUUCAUUCUUCCAGCAGCCCCCAAAAGCAUUUUUACAUUGUUCUUUCUGUGCUACUUUUGAACCUUGUUGAAAAACAGUUGCACUGAUCAAUAGCUGAUGGGCAAACAGGUGUAUAUAAUUUAAAUAUUUUUGUCCUAUAAGGGGUCAUUCCUGUAUUUUUCACGUGUAAAGCUUUUGAAGGCAACAUUUUAAACUCUUACAUUAAAGAAGCUGUAACUGUC